CAAACUUUCGAUGACUUGGUUAAAGGGUACAUUGAAGGUUUGGCACCAAACAAAAAAGAAAAGGCAUUGAUCGAUCAAGAAAAAUUACAAAGAAUUAAGAAAGUUCUUAUUGAUCCUAUGAAUACUACUCAAUAUACAUUCACUUUUCAUUAUUGGGUUAAAAAAAAUUUUAAAUUACAAAAAAUUGCUCCACAUGGUUAUUCUGCUGCAUUUAAUCAGUUGUUUGAAACUAGUAUUUUUUCUGAAGAUGAGAUUCCAAAUGAAUUUGUAUUAGAAAAUAUUCAGGAAUCAGUUAACGAUUUGGAUGAUUUAAUCGAUAACACUAAUUUCAUACCUAUAACAAUAACAGAAUCUUCAAGUUUAAAUCAAGAUUCGAAUAUAGAAACACCAAGUAACUUAGAAUUUUUGGUUAACAAUGAUCAUGAAAAUCAGAAUAUG